UCUCUCUUUCUCUCUCUCUCUCUCUCUCUCUCUCUCUACCAUUUGCGUUUUCCGCCAUAGCUCCUCUGCAACAAGAAAUGGAUGCGCAGGACGUGAAAUCGAACGUGGUUCUCAUCCUAGACUUCGGUUCUCAGUACACACAUCUCAUCACCCGAAGAAUCCGCGCCCUAAACGUCUUCUCCCUCUGCGUCAACGGCACCUCCUCCCUCAAAUCAAUCACCGAUCUCAACCCCCGCGUCAUCAUCCUCUCCGGCGGCCCCCACAGCGUCCACGCUCCCGACGCGCCGUGCUUCCCGCCCGGUUUCAUCGAGUACGUGGAGGCGAACAAGGUCCACGUUUUGGGCAUCUGCUAUGGGCUGCAGCUUCUCGUGCAGCAGCUCGGCGGCGAAGUUAGGGUUGGGGAGAAGCAGGAGUACGGUAGGAUGGAGAUUGCCGUUGAGAAGUCCGCCGGAUUGUUUGGUUAUAAGAACGUCGGCGACUGGCAGACCGUCUGGAUGAGCCACGGCGACGAGGCGGUGAAGUUGCCGGAGGGGUUUGAAAUUGUGGCGAGGAGUAAGCAGGGAAUCGUGGCUGCGGUGGAGAAUCCAACCAAGAGGCUUUAUGGAUUGCAGUACCACCCCGAGGUAACACAUUCACCGGAAGGAAUGGAAACACUAAAAUAUUUCCUCUUUGACAUAUGUGGAAUUACCGCUGGGUGGAAAAUGCAAGAUGUUCUAGACGAAGAAUUGAAAGUUAUUACAAACACAGUCGGACCAACAGACCACGUCAUAUGUGCGUUGUCUGGUGGCGUUGACUCCACAGUUGCAGCUACCCUUGUCCACAAGGCAAUUGGAGAUAGGCUUCAUUGCGUCUUUGUCGACAAUGGAUUAUUAAGGUGGCAGGAGAGGGAGAGAGUGAUGCAGACGUUCGAGAGCGAUCUUCAUUUACCAGUUACUUGUGUCGAUGCUGUGGAUCAAUUCUUGAGCAAGCUAAAGGGUGUUACCGAACCUGAAAAGAAACGAAAAAUAAUCGGAAACGAAUUCAUCAAUAUUUUCGAUGCAUUCGCUCACGAUUUAGAGCAGAAAUUGGGAACAAAGCCUGCUUAUUUAGUUCAAGGAACAUUGUACCCCGAUGUGAUUGAAUCAUGCCCGCCACCUGGCAGUGGAAGGACACACUCCCACACGAUUAAAAGUCAUCAUAAUGUGGGAGGGCUCCCAAAGGACAUGAAAUUGAAGCUUAUCGAACCACUUAAACUUCUGUUUAAAGACGAGGUUCGUGAACUGGGAAAAAUCAUGGGAGUUCCACCGGCUUUCUUGAAACGCCACCCUUUUCCUGGGCCUGGCCUUGCUGUACGUGUACCUGGUGAUGUCACUUUAGAAAAUCGCUUGGAUAUUCUACGAAGGGCGGAUGAGAUUUUCAUUCAAGCUAUCAAAGAUGCUGGAAUAUACGACGCCAUAUGGCAAGCUUUUGCUGUGUUUAUGCCAGUACUAACCGUUGGAGUUCAAGGCGAUCAAAGAACACACAGUUACGCCAUUACGCUUAGAGCUGUCACGAGCCAAGAUGGAAUGACUGCAGAUUGGUAUUACUUUGAUCACAAGUUUCUUGCUGAUCUGUCAACGAAGAUUUGCAAUGAAGUCCCUGGUGUAAACCGAGUUCUUCUUGACAUCACUUCAAAACCUCCGUCCACAAUUGAAUGGGAGUAAGUUUAGGUCUAAAUCUCGACGAGUUACGAUUAGGCCCUUAUGAAUAUAUAGGUUGCAUUCCCUAUUUUUUUCUUAUGAUAGUGAGUUUUAAGAUUUUUCAUCAAGUCUUGAAAUGAGUAUUUAUGUACUCUCAAGGAUUUAAGUACUUUGAUCUCACAAGUUAGUUUAUUAUUUGUUCAAUUGUAAUGUUAUUUGAAUCAGAUUAUUUUUUAUGAUGAGAUUUUGAUUGAGCAAU